AUGGUGAACUUGGCGCUCAGCAACGGCCAGGUCGUGUCCACCACCCUGGCGAACCUUCAGUCCAUCGCGCAGCCACAGAACAUGCUGAACACGCCGACCAGCAACGGUGAAUUUACAGUUCCAACAAGUCCCAGCUUGGCGUCAGGAUUGGGGCUGAGUCCCGCCGCGUUGCCGCACCUUCUCAGCAACAGCUCGGCCAGCCAGCAACUUCUGAGCGCGAUGCAGCCGCAGCAACUGCUUCAGGCCGCGCAGGCCGCUCAGGCGCAGGCUGCACAAGCGGUCCAGGCGGCUCAAGCGUCUCAGCAACCGCUUCUGACGACGUCGCCUCAACAUCACGCGCAUCGGCACAUGAAUCAUUACACGCCGACGGAGAAACAUCACAGAGAGAGGCCCGAGCAAUCGUCGCCUUUGAACGAGUCCGUGGUGUCCGCGGCCUCAGCGCUCAACAGACUGGCGGCCAGCAACGGUGAAAUCACGAUCACGACCACGCACGGGCCGAGCGGCGCCGGGGUGAAGGCCUCGCCGAGCAGCAUGCACAAUCCCAAAAAGGAGGAGGAGGAUCUCAAUGAUUCGCCUAAUCAGCCGACGAUCAACGAGGCGACGAACAACGUAGUCGAUGGCAUCAAUCUGGACGAGAUCAAAGAGUUCGCGAAGGUGUUCAAGUUUCGCAGACUGUCGCUGGGUCUGACGCAGACCCAGGUAGGGCAGGCCCUGAGCGUGACGGAGGGGCCAGCUUACAGCCAAAGUGCCAUAUGCAGUAUGCUCGAUCGGCAAUCUGAGAACCUCGGAAGCUUCAUUUCCUCAGAAGAAGAGAACAAGAAAAAUCUGAGAGAAUUCUCGUCAAGAUCGUCGUUUCGAAGAGCGGUGUCCGCGUGCGUGCUAAUUGGUAAUUCGCUAAUUGAACGCGGCUGAUUAAUUGCCGAUUCGCGUCUAAUAAAUACGCGGAAUGUUGAUUAGAAUGGGGAGGGGAGCACCGUUAGCUGAGGCCAGGCCAACACGCCGGUUUUAAUCGUGUCGCGAAAGAAGUCGCCUAUCGACUUCCUCCUUCGACGUAUCGCGUUUUGCCGCGCGCGUGCAAACGCGACGCACACCCACACACCGACCGCCCACCACCUGGCACGCUGUAUCAGGAUUUGUAAUUAGCGAAAUUCGAAGUUCAACUCUCAUCGUUCGGCCGCGCGACAACCGAGGAACAACUCAUAACGAACGGGCACACGCCGAUUUAUUUCCCCUCGCCUUGGCCAUUUUUUCCCUUUUCUUUUCUCCAACAAGUUUCAUUCUGCUCGCGUAGAUUGAUUUCUUAACGCCUACGAGGAUUUCAUUGAACGAAUCGAACUGUUGCAGAGGAAGGGAGGUUGAAAGUUUGAGGAUUUAAAAUAUUUCGAAGAAUAUUCUCGUCGACAGAAAGCGGAAAUAACGCGAUUCAGGUGAGAGCAGGUCCUCUCAGUUUAAUACUAACGUUCUGACUCAAGGACGAAGUCCGUGUUUGAUAGAUAGAUUGGCGAUCUAAGAGCGUCGAUCGAUCGAAUUUUACGAGUCGAUGAUGUCUAACACUGGUUUUACGGUAUCCAUUUCACCGCGAUGCUGUUUUAUUGUCGGGCAAAAGCGCGGAAUGCAUGUACACGCGUGUCAUAUGUAAAAAGGAACAUAUACAGACACGUACGAAUAUAUACACACAUAUACAAAUGUAUAUGUAUACAUACAUACAUAUAUAUAUAUAUACAUAUAUAUAGUAUGUAUGUGUUGGUGGGGUAGCGUAUCGAGGUACGCAGCAUGUAUCUCGACCGUGAACCGGAUGAUUCGAUGA